AUGCCAGACUACAAUGCGCUAUCCUACUGCUGGGGUGAUGCAACACGUACCCACCAGAUGCAGCUGGAUGGCAAGCACUUUGCCCUUACCACCAGUGUCUACGAAGCUCUGCAGCGUCUAAGACCCGAGCGGGACAGCUUGUGCAUUUGGAUUGGUCAAGUGUGCGUGAACCAAGACGGCAUAGAAGAACGUGACGUGCAAGUCCAGCAGAUGGGUCAGAUCUAUCAGCAGGCAGCCAACACUUUCAUAUGGCUUGGGCCAGCUCAUCCAGGUAUGGAGGAGUCUCUGCAAAUUAUGCGCCAGUUCUGCAGCGUCUCAAAAGACGAUAGUUGGACGGCCUUGCACUAUACUCACAUUAAAAUAGUUCUUUAUGAUUCAUGGUUCCAUCGUGUCUGGGUGGUGCAAGAGGCUGUGCUUGCGCAAGGAUGCGUCUUCGUCUACGGUCACGACCAAUGCAAUGAGACUGAGCUAAGCAAUUUCGCACCAUUGUUCUACCGCUUUUGCAGCUCGAGAGAGAUGCUUGCUCUUGAUGCCAGUGCCAUGGACCCGAGGGGUUGUCGCGACGGUCUCGACAGCUACCACAAUAUUUUCAGUCAUUUGAGGCGCAUUGGCCCCAAGACGAGGACUCUCGCCCUGCCAUUGCUACAGAUGAGCCGGAAUAGAGAGUGCAGCGACGAAAAAAAACACGUCUUUGGUCUGCACGGGCUCUUCGCAAGAUCGACCCUUGAAAAUCUUGUUCCGAGAGUGAACUAUGGGAAGAGCACUAUCGAGAUCUUCACAGAGACUACAAGAUUGGGCAUAGUGUCGGAUGGUUCAUGGAAAUCUCUGAUCGUUGCGCAUGACAGAGAGGCCCAGAGCAGACACGAUUCGGAAGUAGUGGCUGUGAAGGGGUUGACUCGUCUCCCUUCAUGGGUGCCUGACUGGUCCUGCGGAUAG